AUAUAAGAAUGAUUUAUUUCAGAGGGGACAGUAUUCUGGUGACUACCGAGACAACAGCUAAUCACAAGAACUGUGAUGUUCAGCAUGAGGACCCCAAUUUUUAUCAUUUCACUCUCUCUUUUUGGGCUUGCCCUGGGUGGAGAUGAUUUGAAGACUGAAUUCCUGAAGAAAGCACAGGAAUGCGUAAAAGAAGGCAAUGUGGAUGUUGUUGUGUGUAAAGAAUUACUUGAUGAAGGCGUUGAUGACACUCAGGACAAAUAUACUCCAUGCAAGUGUGCAACAGCUUGUAUGGCAAAAAAAUUUGGCACUAUGGAUGCAAAUGGUGCUCUUCUAAAGGAUGAGAUACAAAAAUUUAUACCCAAGCUGACAAAUAUACAAAUGAAGAAAGAAGCUGAACGUGUAUUUCCUGUAUGUUAUGAGAAAGUUUCUGAAAAAAAGGAUUGUGAAGCUGCUUACUUACUUUCUAAAUGCAGUACAAAAAUGUCAUCAAUGGGAAUGAAUGCUGCAAAGUACACACUGGAUUAUUUGUUGGAGAAGAAAGAUUAGUGGAGAUUGAUCAGUGAUGAAGCACCUGACCAGAAGAAGAACAUGCAACUUAGCAUAUGAUUAUAUCCAAAUUACAGUACCUUAAUAAAUGUCAAACCUUAAAAUUAACCCUGUUUCAUCCUCAUUCUAGGGCACAUGAUGUAAGCAAUUAAGGAGGUGUUAUUAAAUUAUGACAAAAUAACAUA